AUGAACCUCUACAAAGAACCGCGACAAGAUGGCCGCCGUCGAUUCAAUGACAGGAACGCACUGCGCAUACGCAACGACUAUUCUGUUAACAUCCAAAAAGGGAAUCUCAGAAUACGCGGAGGAAACGUUUCAGACACUAAAAAUUAUCCGUUUGUUGCUGCCAUUAUUAUAAACGGGAGAUUGUGGUGCGCCGGUACUAUUGUUGAUGAAAAUUGGGUUUUAACUGCAGCGCAUUGUUUGAAUUACGUCCUCCACGUCUCUCCUAUGAAGACCCUAAGUAAAUUCGUAAAGGUCCGAGUGGGAAGCGCUAGUCCUCAUGAAGGAGGGGUGCUGGUAGAUGUAGCUGGUGCUGUUAGACACCCCAAAUUCGAAGAAGAGCCGGUGCCCCAUGCAGACAUUGCUUUGUUGAAGUUAUCCGAGAAUCUAAUAUUUACAUCUGAUAUAAACUUGAUCAAAAUUUACGACGGAAUGAAGGAGCCGUAUUCGCAGAGUUUCGUUGUCGUGGCUGGCUGGGGGGCAACACGGGGAGCAGAAACAUCAUUCCGAGAACACACACCAGAUUUGCUAUCAGCCCGACUGAAGGUGCGCACGCGUCAUUACUGCAAAGACGCGUACCAGCUUGUCAAUGGCUUCCAAUUCACUCCUGAUUUCUUCUGUGCGUCACUCAGAAAUGGUACCAGGGAUGCGUGCUUGUUCGACGCAGGCGCACCAGCUGUCCAGCAGAACAAGUUAAUGGGCGUAAUGAGUUUUGGACCAGAACGCUGCGGACACGAGUAUCAGCCGGCUGUAUUUAUUAAAGCGUUUUAUUUCAGGGACUUCGUAAAGCACACGAUAUCGUCAUACAAAUCAACCGCCGAUCUUAUAGACGCAAUAAGGGACAUCGACCCAUCAGUGAUUCCCCCGGUUCAUGUGAAGAGUGAUGAGAUUUUACCCGGACAAAUGGAUGAAGUCACCCAACCGGAUGAUAGGCACGAUUAA